AUGGUUGGAAUUCCUCCAGCCCAGUAUGGGAUUCAAUAUAAGCGAGUAGCAGCAUUUCAAGGUGAUGUCAACAUCCAUGCAGCUCGCAGGUUGGCCAGCCAGGCCUGGUCAGUUCACAAUGUGUCAGCGUAUAGCUACUUGUUCGACGUGGUCGAGCCCGGAGCUGCUCCAAAAGCUGGUCCUUAUGCUGUGGCCAAUCAUGGCUCAGAGAUACCCUAUGUGUUCGACAACAAGGAUGCAGUUGGAAAAAAUGCAGACGAGAAGCUCAAAGAAGGGACACUACGCAGGCGCCGACGCUUGAGCACUGCAAUGUCGAGAAUGUGGAUCAGUUUUGUGACAACGCUUAAUCCAUGUACUCCCAGAGAAUUUGGUGUCAAGUGGCCCGUGUAUGACCACAACGACCCGGAAAUCAUGUUCUUCGGCUUGAAUGUAACCGGCCUCACGCAAGUGGAAUCGGACGUAUAUCGUGCAGAGGGGAUAAAGUAUAUCAGUGACCGCCUUGAAAGUACCUUUGAGCAUUAA